AUGGCGUCGGCAGCGGCGAUUCGGCCGCAUCCGCUGGAUCCGAAUCUGGUCAUCACCUUGGGAAAGGGUAUUCGGGCAUAUAAUGGCGCACUGGAGCCGCUGGAGGACUGUGCCCUGACAGACGAAGUUUACCUGCACAAGAUUGUUGCUGAAUGGCAGCCGCGCUCAGGCAGUCAUCUGCUCGCCAUCGGGUGUCACAACGGCACUGUCCAUCUCCAGGAUGUGGAUCCCGCCAACGACAGUGACAAGCGAGCAGCCAAGAUCUUGGUGCCUCGGUUGGCGCGAGUCGUAACCGAUGUGCAAUGGCAGCCCAAGAAUACCAAUUUGCUUGCCGUGGGAUUUCAGAAGGAUCCCAAGGGUCAGAGUCGCGAAGGGACUCUGUACAUCUACGAUGUCAGCACCGCCAUGGUCAACCUUUAUGAUCGCCGCCGUCACCCUGACAGCAUGACUCGCCACGCCAGUAGUCGCUCCAACGCCCUGCAUCGGGUGCCCGGUCUGAUUGAGAUCAAUGUAGGCGAGGGCGUAUCUAGCCUUGCCUGGCGCAACCUUGAGACGGCACAACUCGUCGUCGGACAUGCUGCCGGCAUCUCGCUGUAUGACUUGCGUUCGUCUUCGGAAGGGCAACGCGUCACCCGCAAAGCCUGCAAUCGCGUCCGCAUCAACCCCAACAACCCCGACCAACUUAUCAGUAUCAGUGGCCAGGAAGUGCAGCUUUUUGAUUUACGCAAAACAGUCAAGCCCGUUCACAGCCCCCACUGCUCCAACCCCAUCAGCUUGGAUUGGUGCUCUACCUUUCUCCAAAAGUCUCAAGUGCCUCACGCACCUGUCACCUCCAGGCCGGGCCUGAUGGGCGUGCUGUCCAAGGACAGCGACUGCGUACACAUCACUGAUUACCACUGGCGCCUUGAGCGCUCUGCUGCCGGCGGGGAGGAUGUGGAAAUGAGUACAAUGACGCAAUCUUCCUCUGCCCCCGAACCCGUGGCGGCCUUUGCCUGGAACCCCCACGUUCCCGCCGAGAUGCUGAGCAUCACAGCCAGUGGUCAACUGUGUCGACUGCGCGCGCCCUACCACAACGUCGUGGCGCUCUCUUGUCAAGGCAUGGUUAUGUCUCGGGGCGCUCCGGGCCAGCUGCUUAGCAGCGUAGACCGCAAAGCAGCGCAGGCCUCGGAUAUUAGCAUGCUAAUGCGUGAUCGCCUUGAUGCGGGCUAUGGGUUGGAUGUCAACAAAAAUCUCGAAAUAACGGCCGACCAAGAUGAUCGGUUGUGUGACCUUUGGCGAUGGCUACAGGGCUACCAGGAUGCCGCAUCAAGCUUUUUUGGCGUAGUUCAGGCUUUGCACCUGCCAUCCGAGCAUCUGCAAAACUUGCAGCCCACCAGCGCUCGCGUCGAUUACAACCAAGCCAUUGUGGUUGCCACCCACGAUGCAACUCCACAACGCAAUCUCGCCCUGCAGAUUUGCAAUUGGCGCACAGAUGCCGAAGAGAUUGAAAUCAAGUUGCGGCGGUUGGAGACUCGGCAAGAGUUUGAGCGAGCGGCUGCCACUGCCUUGUUUUGUCAGAAUAUCGAGCGUGCCAUGGCCUGCCUGACUAGCCACCGCCAGCAGCAGGGCCUGGAGUCAGACCCUAUUUUGGUGUCUUACGCCAUGACGUUGGCAGGCUAUCAACCAGAUGCCACCUCCAACCGUUUCUGGCGUCAAACCUGCGCACAGCUCAAGGCACAACUCACCAAUCCUUAUUUGCGCGCUGGUCUGGCUUUUCUCACCUCGGAUGGCACUGAUUACUCGGAGGUGCUACGGGAGCGCGGGAUGCGCUUGACUGAUCGUUUGGCUUUUGCCUGUCGCUACCUGAACGACGAGGCUCUCGAACAAAGCAUCAAGGACAUUACUGCGGAGGUCACGGCUUCAGGCCAGUUGGAUGGACUUUUGUUGACUGGAGCCAGUGAGAAUGGUCUGACCAUCUUGCAGUCCUACUUGGAUCGCACCGGCGACGUGCAGUCGGUGUUCUUGAUCGCCGCAUGCAUGCUACAGCUGGUGCAGCGGCAGCGCACCACGGGCACUGUAGCUGCCCGUAACCUGCAUAGUGAUCAGCGAUUUGUCGGCUGGUAUGACAGUUAUCGGCGCCUGCUCGACCAAUGGCGUCGCUGGAUGGAUCGAGCACGCCUCGAGGUCAAGUUGCACGCGCUUCUUUCUAAUCGGACGGUGAAGGGCCAGGUGACGCUCAAGUGCAGCUCCUGUUCGAAGCGACUCAACACGCUCGAUCCUCGUUAUCGCACCUCUGCUCUCUCUCAACGGACGGCGGCGCAUGGAUGUCCCUCGUGCCGCAAGCCGCUACCACGCUGUGCCGUGUGCGCGCAGCGGUUGGGCAAUCCUGCGCACAUCCAUCGCGUCGCCAAGGACAAGGGCGCACCUGAACCCACCUCGGCGCGCGAUACCCUGGAUGGCUUUGAUGUUUGGUUCAGUUGGUGUCAGACAUGUCGUCAUGGCGCUCACGCCAAGUGUUUGCAGGAUUGGUUUGAGCACCAUGAGACCUGUCCAGUUGCUGGCUGUGAGUGCACCUGUGCCAGCUACUGA